AUGGAGGAGACCUCAGAGAAAAUCCCAAUCGCCCUGGCCGGGCCGGAGGAUGUGCAGCAAUACAUGCCGCCUGCGUACACCACUGUGGCCGUGAAGCCCUCUGGCUCCGUGCGCGCUCUCAAGAUCGCAGUGGGCGCGCUGAGCAUCGGGGCCGCGCUUCUGCUGCUCGGAGCUUUUGGGGUUUUUUACUUUUGGAACAGCAACAGCAAUCAUGUGUACAAUGUCCAUUACAGCAUGAGCAUCAACGGCAAAGUGGAAGAAGGCUCCAUGGAGAUCGACUCACUAAACAACUUAGAAAGGUUCACAACAGGGGGCAAAAAUGAUGAAGCCGUUGAAGUUCAUGAUUUUGAAAUUGGAAUUACUGGAAUCCGCUUCGCUGGAGGAGAGAAAUGCUACAUCAAGACUCAGACCAAAGGUCAACUUCCAGACGUCGACUUUUUAAACAAGGAGUCUCUGACAUUCGAGUUGGAUGAUGAGAUCAUGCCUGCCAAGUUUGAGGAGGAGUCUCUAAUAUGGGUCGCAGCCGAUCAGCCUCUCAAGGACAGCAGCUUCCUCAGUGCCAAAAUCCAGGACCUCUGCGAAGAUCUGCCAAUCUUCUGGCUGCGUCCCACCUACUCUAAUGGGAAGCAGGAUGAACGAUCAGGUCAAAGAACCAGACGACAGACUGGGGAAAACGAUGAAGGAAAGCCUUCCUUCAACCCAGCUAACCCCUACCAUCAACGAGCCGAGGGUGAAGAGGGCACCAUGUCUUUUGAUCCCAUGCUGGACCACACCGGCGUGUGCUGCUCUGAAUGCCGCCGGAGCUACACACACUGCAUGCGUGUCUGUGAGCCUCUGGGUGGUUAUGAACCAUACCCGUACCACUACAGAGGUUGUAGGCAGGUGUGCCGCCUCAUCAUGCCGUGCAGCUGGUGGGUGGCGCGCAUCAUGGGCCUCGUCUGAGAGCUGGAGAGUCUUUACAGAAAAUAAAAAUUGCCUCCAUCACAAUCACGAUGUGUGUGAGAGACUUAGGACUUUAAAUCACAGAAGCUUUUCUAUUUUAAGGUUUUAAUCAUUGUUGGUGUUAAUAAUAAUGAACGUAACUGUUAAUAUUACACAAAAAUAAUAAUCUGAUCAGCCUUAAAAUGUAACAGCGUAUAUUAAAGAUCUUUAAUGUUUCCAUAAACUGAACAGGAAGCAGGUUUUAUAAAGAACAGCAUGAUUUUUUCUUUUUUUGAUGUAAAUACAUGUAAUAAUUUGCUCGUCUUCAGCGUGCAAGCCUUUGAACGGCACAAAUUAUGAACGCCUGGAUGAUAUAUUAAAGACAGACAUGCCGGCUUUAAACCAUUUCCCUCGGCUAUUGCUUUUGAUGCAAUAUAAAAGCUAUCUGCCCACGUUUGAAGUUGAUUUUAAAAGCACCUUUUAAACAUAAAACCAAAGUUUA